GUAGUAUUGGUGCGGGGUAGACUAGCAGGACCUGGCCGAGGGCGGUGAGGAGUGAUGCUGCGGGGCGGGUGACGUGACACGGAGAUACCGCUCACACUCGUCUCGUGACGUCACAGGCGGCCGGCGUCUCGCGGUAUCUGCACGGCGCCGGGUUUCUGUGUCUCCCGCGGCAGUGCCACGUCUGUUUCAGUGUUUGUCUGAACCGUGGUGCAUCGACAGAGAGGGCAAUGCCCGUGUCCCGGAGGUGGCAGCGUCCCAGUGGGGCAUCCUUCCUCCUUGCCUGCCUCUUCUGUGGGCUGGUCCUGCAGCUGGAGGAGGGUCACGGCCAUUCCCAUUCCCAUUCCCAUGGCCACUCUCACGGAGGUGAGCAUCAUGGCCACUUUCAUGGAGAUGAGUAUCAUGGCCACUCUCAUAACCACCAUGGCCACUCUCACGGAAAUGAGCAUCAUGGCCACUUUCAUGGAGAUGAGUAUCAUGGCCACUCUCAUGGCCAUGAGCAUCACAGCCACUCCCACGACCACCAUGGCCACUCUCACGGAGAUGAGCAUCACGGCCACUCCCACGACCACCAUGGCCACUCUCACGGAGACGAGCUCACUGGCCACUCCUACCCCCGUGAUCAUCCCAGCCAUUCCCAGGGGAAGGACCGCUGGAAGGUGGAUGCGGAGCGGGAGCAGCUGAAAUCUGGGAAGGAGGAGAGCAAACCCGUGGAGCUGUGGACGCAGGCCAUUGGAGCCACCCUGCUGAUCAGCGGUGUCCCCUUCCUCAUCCUCUUCUUCAUCCCCGUCGAGUCCAAUGCCUCCAAGCACAAGAACCUGCUCAAGGUGCUGCUCAGCUUUGCCUCGGGAGGCCUGCUGGGGGAUGCCUUCCUCCACCUCAUCCCUCACGCACUGGAGCCUCAUUCCCACCAGUCAACCCCUGACCACUCACAUACUGGGGCAGAAGACCUGGACAGUAGUCACGGCCACUCCCAUGGAGGUCACCACCAUUCCCAUGUGAUGUCUGUGGGUCUCUGGGUCCUGACCGGAAUCGUUGCCUUCCUGGUGGUGGAGAAGUUUGUGAGGCACAUGAAGGGUGGACACAGUCAUAGUCACAGUCACGCCCCUGCCAAGAGGAAGGAGAGCUCAGAGGAAGAGGAGGAGCGGGUGGAGGACCACAAGCACGGGGAGCCGAGAGGUGGUGUCCGGCAACGGAAGCCCGAGAAACCAGCUGCCAAGGCUGAACCCAAGGCUCCGAGCAGCGACAUCAAGGUGUCGGGCUACCUGAACUUGGCGGCAGACUUCACGCACAACUUCACGGACGGGCUGGCCAUUGGUGCCUCGUUCCUGGCCGGUUCCGGGGUGGGGGUGGUCACCACCAUCACCAUCCUGCUGCACGAGGUGCCCCACGAGGUGGGCGACUUUGCCAUCUUGGUGCAGUCCGGCUGCAGCAAGCACAAGGCUAUGGCUCUGCAAUUGGUGACCGCUUUGGGUGCGCUGGCCGGCACAGCCUGCUCCCUGCUCGCUGAGGGCAUUGAUGAAGCUGCCACCCUCUGGAUCCUGCCCUUCACUGCCGGUGGCUUCAUCUACAUUGCCACCGUCUCCGUCAUCCCUGAGCUGCUGGAGGACUCCCGGCCGGCCCAGUCGCUGCUUGAGGUUGCAGCUUUGCUGGUUGGCGUCUUCAUGAUGGUCCUCAUUGCUGAGUACGAGUAGGGCCUCUCCUCCUCCUCUCCUUCCCUAACCUCUCCCCCCCCCCCCCGCCUUCCCCGGUCUGUGUAUAAGGGUGGUGGUGGUGAUGGUGGGGUUGUAGUGAGUGGACACAGAGUGAGUGUUGGGCAAGAGGAGGCAUAACCUACAGCGACCAUCCAGGCCAGAGGGUUACAGAGCCCCGAGGCCCGCCUAUCCCGAGGAUUUUUUUAACGCUCAGGCAUCGAAUGUACUUAGUUCUUUUUUUAUACGAAGGAUGUGUAUUAAUGUGUAAGUGUUGGGGUGGAACUGGUGGUGAGGAACCGUGCUUUGUUGCAAAUCAGAUCUUUCCAAAUCCAUUGUGUGUGUGUGUGCGCAUACAUACAACUUUUUAUGCUUUUCAUAUAUAGUAUGUACACAGAUAACCGUGUGUGUGCGCGUGUGUUUUUAUAUUUGUGCAUUUCUAUGACUGUGUGUAUAUCUGCAUCUGCAGGUUCACAUCUGUGUCAGUGCGGCACACGUGUGACAGAGUGUACGCACACCAGCUGGUUUGUAGAUUGCGCGUGACUCUUUUUGCCUGUGUGUGUCUGUGUAUGCACCUGUGUACACUUGCACCCCUGGGUGGGUUGAUAACCUGAACACUAGGAACUCUCUUGGCCGAUGGAGUGUCAUUGCCCCUCGGCCACAAAUCUGGUUUAUGAUGACAUGCGGCUGACUGUAGCGGACCAAGUUCUCCGGCCUUUUGUUUGUAUUGUGCUUGAUUACUUGUCUUACAUCGCUGAUUUUCUUUUUGGGGAGGAGCUUGGGCCAGCUUAGGCUCUGGGGAGGGCAGGGGGGUGCUUGUGGAAGAACUCACCCCUGUCCAUUCUCUUGGUGGAGCUGGUUUGACAGUGCUUGUGGUUCAGUUGUGGUAGGAUCGGACUUGUUCCUUUGCUCACAAGAAAGGUGGCUGCGUUCUCUACCCCUUGGCCAACACCAUGACUGCAAGCAAACCCUACCCCCGCCCCCUCCCAAAAUCUUCCAUCUGCUGAAGUGGGCUUUGCAAACACACCACCAUUUAUUUCUCCGGUUAAUUUUGGGCGUUAUUUCUGCAAUACUGACACCAGGGUGGCACCUGGUGGCGACCAAGCAAACUGCAAGAGGGGAGCUUGACUUCCGACCACUGCCAACCAAACCCUUCAACACCCAAUCCUCUCAUGCCUGGCCAAAUGUCACCAGAGCAGGGAAGACUGCACAUGGUGCUUUAUGCACACGGUGUUCUAUUUCAGAGGUUCCAGGUUUCCUUGAGGCUCUUUCUGAAUCGUGUGAACCGAUGGUUCUGGGGAGGAUUAGAUUGAAAGGGGCCCUCAUCUCGAGGAACUAGUUCCUCUGAGCCUAGUGUCAGCACGGGCAGCCCAUCAUGGAUGGGAGGGUUUGCCACUGACCCUGAGGGCUGCUUCCCCGAUGUUCGGAGAGAGCUGUCCACCGGGGGUACAGCCACAGGUUGUCCCCUUCGAUCAGACCUGAAGAGGGCUCCUGGCUGUGACCUUCCCUGGCCCUCUGUACAGUUAUGUGGGAAAUGUGUGGGUCAAGAUGGGAGUGCGGCCUGUUGGUAGGCUGGAUAUAGUGGGCAAUUCCUCAGGCUGAUGGGAGUCUCGUUGAUCAAGGUAGAUGAAAAUAUGACAUUGUCUGUGGGUAUUUUUGAGAUUAGAAUAGGUGUAGAGGAAGGCUGGUGGGUUUCACAAAUCAAGGUAGAAGGAGAAUUUGGUGAGAUGUGAGUAGGGUGGGUAUUUGGUGUGUUGGAAUGGUGGGAUCAGCUUGAGCUACUGUUUCACCAGCAGGUUAAUAACGAAGCUGUCUUCCAGACUCAAUCAAUGGAUGUGAUUUUUGAUGGAACCUCCUGCCUGAAGUUUGAAGGAGGCAAGGGGUGGGGGGAAUGCGUUUGGUCACAAGUAUGGGCGGGGAGGUGAACAAUGAACAAUUGCUUGCAGACCAGUGGACAAAAAGGUCAUCUGCCCUGCCCUGAAAAGCACAUGGAGAUUUGACUCCAACCUGCCCUGUAAAACUGGGCUGUGCUGCCCCAAAAGGUUAAAUUCCUCACUGCUGGCAUUAUUUUUGAUAUCUAUUUAAUUCAAAUUUGCAGUCCUUUGAUCUGUAAUUGGGGAGUACUGGUCUUAUUGCCUUACAGCAGGGGGCUGUAUUAGAAUCAUGAGUGAAAUUGGCUGGGUUACCUGUAGUCAUCUCAGAUGUGUAAUUGUUCUGAUAAUGAUAGCUGUACCAAAUAACCUCAAUCCUUGCAUUCAAUAAAUGAGUAUGAAACACACUGGAUGCUGGAGACUGUACCUUGAGAUGGGGUCUGAACCCUCGCCUGUAAUGCUUUCUGCCUCUCCAAGCUGCACGCUGUUAUGCGGCACAGAUAGAGGUCCAACUUGUCUAUGUGAGCUUGUCCUGUUUCCUGCCUUUAUCCCAUUUCCCCUAUAAACCUUUCCUUUCCUAUCCAAGUACCUGUGUAAAUGUCUAAAAUGUUGUGUCAUUUAAACAUUGUAAUUGUACUUGCCUUUACCAGCUCAUUCCAUAUACCCACCACCCUUUGGCAGAAACACCUCUCAUGAACCCAUUCAUAACUUUCUCUU